GGUUAUGAGUUUGUUGCUCGUGAGGGGAAGAAGAAGGCACAGACUCACUCAGGGUCUCUCUCACUCUCUGUCUCUAUCUCCUAAUAAUCGCUACAAAGAAAAAAAAAAAAAAAAUUCCUCAAGUGAAAGACAAGAUUUGUUGAUCAAGGUUCGUAAAAUGACUCGGGCUGAGGGGAUACCUUAGCUUUGCCGUGAUUGUGAAGUGCGCUGCAGUGCUCCUUAUCAACUAGCUGAAGCUAGCAUAACGUUUUUCUACUCAUCCCAGGAGCUGUGUGAGAGAGAGAGAGAGAGAGAGAGAGAGGCUAGUCAGCGUGCUCUUAAUUCAUCCAGGCAUCUACUGGUACUGGAGCUAGUUGAGGUGACAUAAGAGGGUUUGUUUUUUAGCAACUCUGGCAGAAAAAGCAGCCCUUUUUUCAAAGGCUUGGACUUUCGAGCUCUAAUGCCAGCAGUUAUGGCACUGUUGGCCGACCACGCAGCCAGACAGCUGCUGGACUUCAACCAGAAACUGGACAUUAAUCUCCUGGAUAAUGUGGUUAACUGCUUGUACCAUGGAGUGGGACCACAGCAAAGAAUGGCCCAGGAGGUCCUCACUCAUUUAAAGGAGCACCCGGAUGCCUGGACCCGAGUGGACACCAUCCUGGAAUUCUCCCAGAACAUGAACACCAAAUACUAUGCUCUGCAGAUUCUGGAAACAGUUAUUAAAACAAGAUGGAAGAUUCUGCCCAGAAAUCAGUGUGAAGGAAUUAAAAAAUAUGUUGUGGGCCUCAUUAUCAAGACAUCUUCUGAUGCAGCCAGUGUGGAGAAGGAGAAGGUGUAUAUUGGAAAACUCAACAUGAUCUUAGUUCAGAUCCUGAAGCAGGAGUGGCCCAAGCACUGGCCCACUUUUAUCAGUGACAUUGUGGGGGCGAGCCGCACCAGUGAGAGCCUCUGCCAGAACAACAUGAUUAUCCUGAAGCUGCUCAGUGAGGAGGUGUUCGAUUUCUCCAGUGGACAGAUGACCCAGGUCAAAGCCAAGCAUCUGAAGGACAGUAUGUGUAAUGAGUUCUCGCAGAUCUUUCAGCUCUGCCAAUUUGUCAUGGAAAACUCCCAGAAUGCUCCUUUGGUACACGCCACCUUAGAAACGCUGCUCCGGUUUUUGAAUUGGAUCCCACUGGGCUACAUCUUUGAGACCAAACUCAUCAGCACUCUAGUGUACAAGUUCUUGAAUGUUCCAAUGUUUCGGAAUGUGACGCUGAAGUGUUUGACUGAGAUCGCCGGUGUGAGCGUGAGCCAGUAUGAGGAGCAGUUCGUCACGCUCUUCACUCUCACCAUGAUGCAACUCAAGCAGAUGCUUCCUCUAAACACGAAUAUCCGUCUGGCGUACGCAAACGGGAAGGACGACGAGCAGAACUUCAUCCAGAACCUGAGCCUGUUCCUCUGCACCUUCCUCAAAGAGCAUGGCCAGCUCAUAGAGAAAAGACUCAACCUGCGUGAGACCCUCAUGGAGGCUCUGCAUUACAUGCUGCUGGUGUCUGAGGUGGAGGAGACUGAGAUCUUUAAGAUCUGCCUGGAGUACUGGAACCACCUGGCAGCAGAGUUGUACAGAGAGAGUCCAUUCAGCACCUCCACCUCCCCACUGCUCUCUGGCAGUCAGCAUUUUGAUGUUCCACCUCGCAGGCAGCUCUAUCUACCUGUACUCUCCAAGGUGCGUCUGCUGAUGGUGAGCCGCAUGGCGAAACCGGAGGAGGUGCUGGUGGUGGAAAACGACCAGGGUGAGGUGGUGCGAGAGUUCAUGAAGGACACCGACUCCAUCAACCUAUACAAGAACAUGAGAGAGACUCUUGUGUAUCUGACUCAUCUGGAUUAUGCAGAUACAGAGAGGAUCAUGACAGAAAAACUUCAUAACCAGGUGAAUGGGACAGAGUGGUCCUGGAAAAACCUGAACACACUCUGCUGGGCCAUCGGCUCCAUCAGUGGAGCCAUGCACGAGGAGGAUGAGAAGCGAUUCCUUGUCACUGUCAUCAAGGACUUGUUAGGAUUGUGUGAGCAGAAGCGAGGAAAGGAUAACAAGGCCAUCAUUGCCUCAAACAUUAUGUACAUCGUUGGCCAGUACCCACGAUUCUUGCGUGCACAUUGGAAGUUCCUCAAGACUGUAGUCAACAAACUGUUUGAGUUCAUGCAUGAAACCCAUGAUGGGGUGCAAGACAUGGCAUGUGACACGUUCAUAAAAAUUGCACAGAAGUGCAGGAGGCAUUUUGUGCAGGUGCAGGUCGGAGAGGUCAUGCCCUUCAUUGAUGAGAUCCUUAACAAUAUCAACACCAUCAUCUGUGACCUACAGCCACAGCAGGUGCAUACGUUUUAUGAGGCAGUGGGUUACAUGAUUGGUGCUCAGACAGACCAGGCUGUACAAGAGCACCUGAUAGAGAAAUACAUGCUGCUACCCAACCAGGUGUGGGACAGCAUCAUCCAACAGGCCACCAAGAAUGUGGAUAUCCUGAAGGACCCAGAGACUGUGAAACAGCUGGGAAGCAUCCUGAAGACCAAUGUAAGGGCAUGCAAGGCUGUGGGUCACCCGUUCGUCAUUCAGCUGGGACGGAUCUACCUGGAUAUGCUCAAUGUUUACAAGUGCCUGAGUGAGAACAUCUCUGCAGCUAUCCAGACCAACGGUGAGAUGGUGACUAAACAGCCUCUAAUCAGGAGCAUGCGCACUGUGAAGAGAGAAACUCUUAAACUCAUCUCAGGCUGGGUCAGCCGUUCCAACGACCCACAGAUGGUCGGGGAGAACUUUGUUCCACCUUUGCUGGACGCCGUCCUGAUAGAUUACCAGAGGAACGUUCCGGCGGCCAGAGAGCCGGAAGUGCUCAGCACCAUGGCGACCAUCGUAAACAAACUGGGCGGCCACAUUACAACUGAGAUUCCGCAGAUCUUUGAUGCCGUUUUUGAAUGCACACUGAAUAUGAUCAACAAAGAUUUUGAGGAGUAUCCAGAACACCGCACACACUUCUUCUACCUGCUGCAGGCAGUGAAUUCCCACUGCUUUCCAGCGUUCCUCGCCAUUCCUCCAGCACAGUUCAAACUGGUGCUGGACUCCAUCAUCUGGGCCUUUAAACACACCAUGAGAAACGUGGCCGACACUGGUCUGCAGAUUCUCUACACGUUGCUGCAGAACGUGGCCCAGGAGGAGGCAGCAGCUCAGAGCUUCUACCAGACAUACUUUUGCGACAUACUGCAACACAUCUUCUCCGUAGUUACAGACACAUCACACACAGCCGGUCUGACGAUGCACGCAUCUAUCCUGGCUUACAUGUUUAAUUUGGUAGAGGAGGGUAAGAUCAGUAUGACACUGAACCCUGGGAACCCCAUAAGCAAUCAGGCUUUCAUCCAAGAGUACGUGGCCAACUUGCUCAAGACUGCCUUCCCUCAUCUACAAGAUGCACAGGUGAAGGUGUUUGUGACGGGGCUGUUCAGUCUGAACCAGGACAUCCCUGCAUUUAAAGAGCACUUGAGAGACUUCCUGGUGCAGAUCAAGGAGUUUGCAGGGGAGGACACUACAGAUUUGUUCCUUGAGGAACGUGAGGCAUCUCUGCGCCAGGCCCAGGAGGAGAAGCACAAGCUGCAGAUGUCUGUCCCUGGAAUCCUCAACCCUCAUGAGAUCCCUGAGGAGAUGUGUGACUGAACACACAUGCGUGCGUGUGUGUUUGUGUGUGUGUGUACGCAUCGUGUUUUGGCGCCUUAACACAUUUAAACACAUCGCUAAAGACAGCAGUGUCCAGGCUGUCUGGUUUUGAGGCCACUGAUAUGUGUGGGAGCGAGUGUGCGCGUGUGUGUGUGUGUGUGGGUUGAGUGUGUCUGAGUGUGUUCCUCCUCUACGGAGGCAAUAACUGCACUCGGCUGUCUUUUGACCAAAUCAAUGCCAAUCUGUAAAAUGAUCCAGUCACCUAGUGGCCCUUUUUACAUAACCUGCAUUUUAUAUGGACACUUUUGUGUGUGUGUGUGUGCGAGUGUGCGUGUGUGUGUAAUACCUCUACUUAAUUAACUCGAGUUUAUGUUUGGUCAGUUAACCUCAACGCUGCAUGGAGUUUUUCUCAAAGCUACACGUUUUAACUUGUUCUCUCUCUCUUUGUCUCUCCCUCUCUCUCUUUCCCCCUUUCUCUCUUUCUCACUUCCUUCUCUGCUUACAUCAUGUAUUAGUUUAUAUAUUAUAUAUAAAAUUGGGAGUGCAGGUUUUUUGUUUUUGUCUUGCAGUAAGCCACAUGCUAAUGUAGUGAUGAGGAAUCUCAGAUUUGUUCAGUUUUGGAGAUUAAUUCUUUGCUUCACAUGUUCGACCGAUUAACCAAGGUUUGUAGUGUGCUCUUUUAAAAAAAAAACUGAUCAAAAUAUGUUACAAGAUACAGUAGCAGGUGAUCACAUUUAUUGAACUGUUGGUUCUGUUGGACCAAAAGUUCUUAAAUCCAGUUAGAGGUUAGUGAUCACUUCUCAUAUGUUGACCGUGCUGUGCAAAUCGGAAUAAAAAAGGUAGGAUGUAAACGGUUACUGAAAGAAUCCAAAAUCAGAUCACCUGUCUAGACAUACCCCAGGAUUCCUCAUCACUCUGUGUUUGUGUGUUUAAGUGAAAAAAAAAAAAAAAAGGAACAAGCUGUGAGGUUCUGCACUGCUCGCAGCCUGCAGACGAAUGUUGAAAUUCAUGAAUGAAUCUGAAACAAAGCGAUGAAGGUCUGGUGCACGCUGCUCAAUCUCGGCAGUGCUAGCUUCCUGGUUAGACCUGGUUAGCAUACUCGCUGUCCAGUGGCUUUAUAUAUUAUAACGGACGCAUCAUCACUAUCGAAUAGCAGCUUUAUUACCAUGGGAACACUUGGAUGUUUCUUCCUGUUAGUGUUGUUUUUGAUUUAGUGUGAGUGAAUGUGUGAUUGUGUGUGCGCAGUUGUGUGUGUGUGUGUGUGUGUGUGUGUGUGGCUGUGCUGUCGCUUAGCCGACAUCAGGUUUUUUUGUUUUCCUCAAUGAGGAUGGUGGCUCCUUUUGUGAGCUUUCAUUAAAUCGAAGUUUAAAAAAAAAAAAAUACAAAAACAAAAGUGGUUGAAAUAUUUAUGGGUUUAUUGUAGGCUGCGUCUUUAUACCUGCUCUCAUGUUAACUCAUUCAGAGACAGUUAUGGAGGGUUUUGUUUUUGUUUUUUACUAAUUUACCUUGUUUACCAUGCUGUAGUGCUUUAAGUCACUACGUAGAGCAAAUAAAGAAAUUAAAAUAAAAAAAAACCACACCCAGUUUACAUUUCUUUUUAUUUCUUCAUUUUCCAUUUUUGUUGCUCUUAAACCUCGGUAUAAAUAAAUACGCUGACAUUCUGAGUAGGAAAAGAAUGUUUCGAAGUCAGUAGUGGCGACAUCCCCUUCUUUAAGUGUUACGUUUGAUGUGAAGCUUUUUGUUUUUUUUGGGGUUUUUUUUUUGUUUGUUUUUGUUUUGUUUUUUGAGUUGAUUAAAGUCAAAACAAUUUUAUAA